AUGACGCCCAAUGAAGAAUUGCAGACUAGCUCGGUCACUGAGACGGACUGGACGAGCGAGACUGAAGAACAUGUGGAUGGGAAGUCCUCUUCGGAGUACACCUUGAACAUUGGCAUCCACCGCUCUCGCGUUGUGAUUAUCUCCGUGAUGUUGGGUGUUGUACUUGUGUGCGUGAUGCUUCCUUUUCGUGGCGACGGGGUGCGAGUGGGCAAGUUUCGUUCGAUCGAUAUGGAUGCAGCGGAGCAGAAGCGAAUGCUGGACAAGUACAACUCAAUCUCCGGUACUCUGAGCGCUCUGCUGAUGAAGCCACUUGAUGUGUUCCUGACCAUGGUAGUGUCCAUGGUGGUCGUUUCGCUAAACGUACAAGUGGUCUCCGGGCGCACUCAUGCGCGCAUUACGUCGGCGGACCUUACCAAUGACGAUUACGAAGGCCUACGCAGAUUCAACGACCAGGAUCUGGAUGCCAACAAGUUUUUGAUGACGACAAGGAACACCAGCUUCCGUGAAGACACGCCUGGUAACAGCGUGCUCAACACGAUUUUGCGCAACUUCUUUCUGGGAAUGGAGGAGGUUCCAGCUUGGUGCCCCAAUACUAACAGCUUGUACUCAAAUCCGUUCAAGAAAAUUUUCGCUUACUACGGGGUUCCUUCACGAUCGUGGCAGCAGCGCCUUCUUACCAAAGCAGUGGAGCCAACAGGUACUUUAAGCAUGCCGAUGAAUGCUGCUGCUUCAGACCUUCCACUGGACGAGGGGCUUCCGAUGAGUGUAGGCAACGCCACCAACCUUGCCGCGUACGCACUGGUAAUGGGCAACGAGGUUUUGGGGUGGUGGAGCAUGGAAACGACAUUCUGGAAGGGGUUUGCUUCGGAUUCUACUGACCCUCCAAGCAAUCCUGUGGUCUUGGCAGACUACUUAAACUUGACUACGGGGGCAUCCGCGAAUGCGACGUUUGUAAGUACCAUGCAUGGGGUUAUUGUCGACUACUUCACGAGAGCAGACAAUGCUAGCACCUCAGAUGAACUGGCCAAGCUGGAGUUUUCGCAUGUCGACCUGUCCGACACUGUGGUGUUCGAUUCUCUCACGAUCGAGAUCCCGACGCAAAAGCUUGGAGAACAAGAGGAUAGUUCGUCAAGCUCGAAUCCGUUUUACCAACUCGUGACAGAGGAGACGUGCAAUACGCAGGCGUGCCUCGUUUCUGAUAUCCAAGAAUUCAUGUACACGAUUACGAAUUUUACGAAUUCUACGUUGAAUGACAGCACACCUGUUGAAGAAUCAGUAGAGGCGGCGAUCUACCCACGCAUUCAGGCUGUCUCGAUUUGUCUGAAUGAAGCCGGUAAAGAAGAAUUGACUAUCGACCCCAAGUAUCAGCUCGAAGGAUUUGACGGAAUGCUACAAGCUUGUAAGCAGCGCUCAAACACGUCCAUGAUUAUCAUCAGCCUUGGUAAGCGGGUGGAAGGGGACUCACUUUUAAAAAGUACUCGCACAGACUCGGAGGAUUAUCUCGUAUCGAGCGACAUGGUAAAUGCUCGCAUGGUGUACUCUCUCACAGUGGGGCGUCUUUCAUGGAUACCAGAGGACCUCUCUGACGUAUAUGGUGCGGAGUACGCUAGUGACGACGGCUGCUCUGCUAUCCGAUUUCCACUUGAGCAAGGCGAUGAUUCAAUCGGUAGUGAUAUCCUGCUGGUCGGGAACAGUAAUAUCCCCAUGGAUUUACUUAGCCCAAUUGAUAUUAAUACAGACUGGCGUCUUGUGUCGUCGACACAGUGGAAAGUAUUGGCAGCGACAGUUGACGUGGGGGAAUUAGCCAACGAGCUCAAACCUGCGCAGAUUAUUCUGCCUCGCAAUUUCAAGAAGACCGACUCGUAUCUCACCACCUUGCAGGACUACGGAGGUGAUUUUUGUAAAAGUGAGGUCGACAGGUAUUUGAACCACAUCGAGAAGAACCACCUGUACAUCGAGCACACGCUUCAACCAGCGUACACAGCAGGGCUCUACUUUCUUUUGCAGAACGCUGUGGUACUUAAACAAAACACGUCCGACGCAGCUCCACCCUUUUCGGGGAACUACCAAGAAAUGAACAUCCAAGCAUCUAUCCCGAGGGCAUGCAUGACAGUCACGAUCGUCGGCUCAAUCUUCAUGAUGCUGGGCGGUAUCAUUAUAGGUUUACGUGGGAAACAUGGCGAGGCAGCGUUGCGUGACCACGGCACAGCAGGGACUGCCGUGGAGGCCAUUGCAAACCGAGACAAGUUCCCACCAAGUAUGCUGCGCUUACAGCUUCAAGAUGCUUCGACUGGCGAGCUUGUUGAUGUACUGUUGGAUUCUCUUUACGUGGAGAAUGUCGUCCUUGCGAACAAGAAAAAUAAAACCCAGCAAAUUGUUGUCGUUGGAAAUUGGAUUUCUCGCCUUGGCUUUAGUCCAUACCAACCAAGGACUACUACCAAGAAGGAAUCCUGCGACGAUGCGGCAUCUGAAUCUACAGACAACACGAGCUCCGCUGAUAUUGCGUGA